AUGAGUUCAGCUGCUCUGCCCGAGCCUUCCGAAAACCAAGAAGAAAUCAAGGAUUUACAGAAUAAACUCAGCAGUAAUUAUCCCAAGGAACGUAAAGAUGCAGCUAAAAAUGUUAUUGCUCUUAUGAGAGCCGGUGAAAACGUUCAAGAAUUGUUUUCAGACAUGUUACGCUGCGUCAAAACAGACGAUUUAGAACUUAAGAAAUUAGUUUACUUAUAUCUUGUUAAUUAUUCAACUACGGAGCCUGAGCAAGCAAUUAUGGCUGUUAAUACAUUUGUACAAGACUCAGAGCACGAUAAUCCACUUAUUAGAGCAUUAGCUGUUCGCACAAUGUGCAGAAUUAACUUAGAGAGUGUUGCAGAGCAUAUGAUUCAGCCAUUAAAGAAAUGUUUGAAGGAUGCAGAUCCUUAUGUUCGUAAAACAGCCGCAUUUGGUGUUUCUAAGCUUUACGAUGUUCUCCCAGAAGCUGUAGAAAACUCUGGACUUUUCCCAGAUUUACUUUCAUUACUUACAGACGAAAAUCCAUUAGUUGUAUCAAAUACGACAGCUGCGCUUUUUGAAAUCAACUCUCAUCGUAAUCAGCCAGUUUUACAAUUAACCGCAGAAACAUUAACUCCUAUUCUUGCAGCAUUAUCAUCAUGCUCCGAAUGGUGCCAAGUUAUGCUUCUCGAUGCUCUUGCAAAAUACACUCCUAUCUCAUCCGAAGAUGCCUCAUACCUCAUUGAUCGUUUAAUUCCUUUCCUUAAGAAUUCAAAUCCAUCUGUUGUUGUUGGCUCUUUCAAAUGCAUUUUCAUGUUUAUGGAUCACGAUACAAGAAAGCCUCAUGAGCUCUUCCCUCAAAUUAUCCCUCCAUUUAUUACUCUCGUUGCUUCCAGCGAACCAGAAAUUCAAUACGUCGUACUUAGGACAUUAUCCUUGUUCGUACACAAAUUCCCAAAGGCCUUGGCCAAGGAAAUCCGCGUGUUCUUCUGCAAAUACAACGAUCCUUCUUAUGUCAAAAUGGAGAAAUUGGACAUUAUCGUUACAAUCUGCACCCAACAGACCGCCCAGAUCGUUCUCGACGAACUCAGCGAAUACUGCAACGCCGUAGAUGUCGCUUUCGUUAAAAAAGCCGUCAGAUGUAUCGGCCAAAUCGCGAUGAAGAUCGAAGCAGCGGCUCCUCGAUGCGUAGAUAUCCUUGUUGGCCUUGUUGAUGGCAAAGCAGACUACGCAAUUGAAGAAUCCGUUGUUGUUGUAUCAGAUAUUCUCAGAAGAUUCCCAGGAUCAUUCGAAUCCGUCAUUGCAGCCGUUUGCAAGAACUUCGACCAGAUCAAAGACCCACAUUCGAAGGCCGCCGCUGUCUGGAUUCUCGGUGAAUACUGUCAUAUCAUUGAAGGAGUCGAUUUACUGUUAGAUCCAUUCUUAGACUCAUUCCAUGAUGAACAGCCUGAAGUACAGUUGCAGAUUUUGACUUCCCUCGUCAAAGUUUUCAUUGAUCGUCCAAAUGAUACACGCGAUCAGUUGCAAUUCGUACUCACAGAGGCCACAAAAGGCGAUGUAUCACCAGAUGUAAGGAACCGCGCUUAUAUCUACUGGAGAUUGCUCUCUGCAGAAGGAAAUAUCUCCCAAUUAGUCGUAAAAUUCGACAAAGUCAAAGUCAGUUCAUCCGGCGAACACUACGAAGACAGUGUCCUCAGCGAACUCAUCAGAAACAUGGGCAGCGUCGCUGGUGUCCUCCACGUUGUCCCAGGAGAUUUCGUACACAGAGUUUGUUACGAAAACCGCCACGAAGAUGAGGAAGUCGAUGAGGAAAGAGACUGGAUACAAGCACAGAUCACUAAGAAUGAAAACGUCAUUGACUUAUUUGUUGAUUUCGAGCCAACAACGAUGCAUAUCAAAAUCGUCAACAGAUCUCAACAAGACAUUUCAGAUUUGGCAUUGGCGCUCAACGUAAACCCUGUUGGCUUAGUCAUCCCUGCUCCUCCUGUCUUCCCAAGAGUUAUUCCUGUAGGACAAUCAUGUGAAGUCGAUGCUCCUAUCGUCUUUACAUCUGAAAAACAGGGACAGUUCAACACGAACUUGCUCGAUUUGGCCAUCAAGACAAAUGCAGGACCUGUUUACGCACGUGUUGAAUUACCAGCACAAUGCGCAGCGAUGGUUGACGGCAGACUUGACCAGAUGAUGUACAAAGACAUGUGGGCAAAGAUUCCUGUUGAAGAUUCAGCAGAAAUCGCUGGUGCUGCACUUGCUACUGAUGAAGCACUUAGAGAUAGAAAUGUUUUCGUUGUCGGAAGAAAAGAAAAUCAAACUUAUAUCUCAUUGAAAUUGCAACCAGGUGUUUUCUUCUUAGUAGAAGCUGUAGAGGAUGGACCGAAGUUGACAAUCCACUUCAAGACAUCAGAUUCAAGAUUAUCUGUAUACCUUAAGAAGAGUGCUUAUCGACUCUUCGCAACUAAGCAAUAA